AUGGCUACAGUUGAGUCGGCUAGCGUCGUCACCGUCACAGCUACGCCCUCUGUGAUCACCACGACCGCCGUCUCCACUGCCAUCACCACCGCAGUGUCCACAGCAAUCACCACCGCCCCCACUAUCACCUUGAUCGCUAGCCCCGAGCCCACCUCGUCUAGCCUCUCACCACACGAUCUCGCUUGGAAAUACAUCAUUGCGCAUGAGUCGUGGCCAGACCAUCCCAAGUACCGCUACAUCUAUAUCUUCUGGAUUAUCGUUGGAAGUAUAGCGUCACUGUACGCCCUGGCUCACCACCUGCGACUCAGUGGAGGGAGCAUAGGCGCAGCCUACAACAAAUGGGGAAUGAGGCGGCACAGCAUUCGCCUGUGGCCCCGAUCAUGGGGGCGAGCUUUCGUGCUCCCCUCUAACUCAUAUCUCCUCACUAUUGGGGCUGUAACUCUCUCGCUCAUUCUUCUGUCGGUGCUUGGCCCGGAUCACGUGCUUGAAGCAAAGGGCAUUAUGGACUUCACCAAUAUGGGCGACACUGGCAUCGUCAAGCGAGCAAUAGACACUUUUGCCCAGCUUCAGCAAGAGGCCGCAGGGAUGAAGAUACGCCGAGCCCCCAAGCCCGAUAACACCGUCGAGGAGCUGACUACCCACGUGAGCUGGCAAGUCGCUAAGGCUACAUGGACACAAGGGAACCGAUGGGGCUUCAUGGCAUUUGCAGCUAUGCCACUCAUCGUUACGCUCGCUCUCAAGUCGUCGCCUUUCGGCAUCUUUACCAUGCGAUGGUUCACAGGGCUGCACUGGGACAAGGUGGGAACUUUCCACCGCGCUGGUGGCUGGGUCGUGUGGGGUCUUUGCACCAUCCACGUGGCGGUGUGGACCGUCAAGCUGUUUGACGACUACUAUGAUGGGCGGCCGAUGUGGUUUGCCAUGCUCACUGUCUACCGCUUCCGCUUCGGCAUCACCGCAUACACAGCCAUGACGCUCGCGAUGGCCCUCUCGCUCCGCCCCGUGCGACACAGGAGCUAUGAGCUGUUCUACUGGUCUCAUUGCGUGCUCAUGUUCAUUAUGAUGGUCGGCGCGCUGGUGCAUCACUACAGCAUCGCGCACUGGGUCGGCAUCGCUCUGUUCCUUUGGCUGGGUGACAGGCUCUGGCGCAUGAUCCGAUACUGGUACAUCAACGGUGCGGGACGAGCCAAGACCCACGCCACGCAGAAGUUUUCGCCGAAUCUUGCCUCCGCCGCAAGCUCGGGUACGCUUGUCGACGGCCGUAUACCGAGCGUUGUCGACCUCGACCCCGAGAUGUUCCGGAGCCCCGUCAACAUCCCUCCCGGCAUGGCGCACGUUCAGCUCCUUCCUAGCCGCACCGUCCGCGUGUCGAUCCGCACCACCCGUCCGAUGAAGUGGCAUGCCGGCCAGAGCAUCCUGCUCCACCUUCCUGAGCUUAGCCACUUUCAGACUCACCCAUUCACAAUCAGCAACAACGACCCAAACGAAAUUGUCCUCAUCAUCAAGGCACGCAAGGGCCUCACCCGUGAGCUGUACAACCACGUUCUCGCCCUCAUGGAGGCCCGUGCCGCCCCGACUCAGCGCAGCUCUCGCGCUUCCUCGGUGUACUCUGACGCGAGUCUCCCGCGCCUAAGCCACUUGGAUCCCGUUCUCAUCCGCGCUGGUGUCGACGGUCCGAUGGGAAGUGCUGGUCGCGUGCCAUGGCUUUCAUACUCGACGGCCCUCCUGGUGUGCGGCGGCUCCGGCGUCACUUUCGGGCUCGCUAUGACUGACUGGCUCUCGCAAGAGAUGGCCAAGCUCGACGGCCAAGGGAUGUUGUGCAGGGUGCGCUUCAUCUGGAUCGUCCGCGAGUACGCCGAGAUCACUUGGUGCGCCGGUGCCAUGUGUCGCUUCAAGGCCGCUCUUCCAGACCCCGAUCGCUUGCAAAUUGACAUCUACGUGACGAACGGUGAGAAGAGCCGCCCCAUGCCGCGCUCCACCCACUCUCGCACGAUGAGCCGGGACAACACUUUCAUGGAGAAGCUAGGCGAUGUCGAGCUUGAGCCACCCCGCCGCCCCUUUGAGCGCAAGGACUCGACCGACAGCAUUACAUCAGUAUACGGUGGCGGUGGCGAAGAAGAGGGCACGACCGCACCGCAGCGCGGGUUCUAUGAGGGCGUCGACCCCGAGACUCGUGUGCACUACAAUGAUGUGGUUUACCUAACGAAUUUCGAGGGAGAGAGCGAUGUCGACGACGCGGCUGAAGACACGCUGUCUCGCGCCCUUCAGCGUGAAGGCCGAGUCCGCCGCGCGCGCUCCCGCAAGUUGAGGAAACGAUUGAUUCAGCCGGGCGAGGAGCGCAGUCCUCUUCCCUCCCCCCGCGAGCCGGAAGUUGAGCAGCUUCACGAUCGCCCCGAGUACCCGGAUCCAGACGAGGUCGGCGCUCCCCGUCCCCGGCUCAAGGCCACAACCCGCCCGGGGUCUGCAUACGACCGCCCCAGCUCCUCCUUCUCGACCCACAGCGUGGAGCGGUUCGAGCCUUUCAAGCGAGGCCCCUCCCCGGCGCCCAGCCUUGACGACGAGAGCGUGCGCAACACAGUCUUCUCACUGUCGUCGCGCACGCAAAGUAUGGUCCUCCUGGAGGACACCCAUGAUGGGAAGGGCCACAGCUGCGCGGGAUGCGGCCGCGCUGGGGCCGAUAACUUGUGGAUCGACGAGGCCGACUACGCCGCAGCGCUGAUCCUGUCGGAGAAUGCACGGACGGGACGGCCGAAGCUUGCGUCGAUCGUCGAGGAGGAGCUGCGCAACGCCCAGGGCGCCAUGAUUGUCGGCACGUGUGGCCCCGCCGCGCUGGGUACUGCGCUUCGCUCACUUGUGUCCGAUGCUAUCGACCCCAGCAAGCUGCGUAAGGGCGAUUCGCGUGGGCACGUCACCCUGUACACCGAGGACUUUGAGAUGUAAACGGAAAGGCAUAGGACAUUAGAACAUAGAAACGG